AUGGCUUCUCCACAGGGCCGCUCACAUCCUGUCACUGGCUUCUGUCAGAGUGAGCAAUUUCCUGAUAUGCUCUGUGAAUCAGGACGCUAUGGGCAGAAGACAGGGCGGGGGUGGUAUCAAUAUGACAAGCCAUUGGGACGGAUUCACAAACCUGAUCCCUGGCUUUCCAAAUUUCUGUCACAGUACAGAGAAACCCAUCAUAUUGAACCCCGUGUCAUUAGCAAGGAUGAGAUCCUUGAGCACUGCUUGUAUGCACUCAUCAAUGAAGGGUUCUGUAUCUUGGGAGAAGGGAUGGCUGCUGGCCCAGAGCACAUUGAUGCCAUCUACUUGAAUGGGUGUAGCUGGCCAAGGCACAAGGGUGGGCCCAUGUUCUAUGCUUCCACAAUUGGGUUGCCCACAGUUCUGGAGAAGUUGCAGAAGUACUACAGGCAGAAUCCUGAUAUUCCCCACCUGGAGCCCAGUGACUACCUAAAAAAGCUGGCUUCCCAGAGAAACCCUCCUCUGAAAGAAUGGCAAAGCUUGGCAGGGCCCCCCAGCAGUAAAUUGUGA